GGUGCGCGGAGCGGUUCUUGGUCUCCAGAGCGGUUCGGCCCAGCCUUUCGCCUAGGCGCCCAGGCUCGGUGCGCGCGUGCGUGAGCGCGCCUGCGCCGCCAGGGCAGCUGCAAGAGGAGGAGAGCGGCAGCCUCAGGAGGAUCCCUUUUCCUCCAGGAAUUAAUCAAUGCUGAAACCUUUCAAAGUGGUAUUAGAGUUGUUGGAAGCACCAUGGAUGGAUUUUAUGAUCAGCAAGUCCCUUUUAUGGUCCCAGGGAAAUCUCGGUCUGAAGAAUGUAGAGGGCGGCCUGUGAUUGACAGAAAGAGGAAGUUUUUGGACACAGAUCUGGCUCAUGAUUCUGAAGAGUUGUUUCAAGAUCUCAGUCAACUUCAAGAGGCUUGGUUAGCUGAAGCACAAGUUCCUGAUGAUGAACAAUUUGUCCCAGAUUUUCAGUCUGAUAACUUGGUGCUUCAUGCCCCACCUCCGACCAAGAUCAAACGGGAGCUGCACAGCCCCUCCUCUGAGCUGUCCUCCUGUAGUCACGAGCAGGCUCUCGGUGCUAACUAUGGAGAAAAGUGCCUCUACAACUAUUGUGCCUAUGAUAGGAAGCCUCCCUCUGGGUUCAAGCCAUUAACCCCUCCUUCCACCCCUCUGUCACCCACCCAUCCAAAUUCCCUGUUUCCCCCACCUCAGGCAACUCUCCCCACCUCAGCCCCUGCAGCUGGCCCAGUACAAGGUGUGGGCCCCACCCCCCAUUCGCUUCCAGAGCCUGGACCACAGCAGCAAACAUUUGCGGUCCCCCGACCACCACAUCAGCCCCUGCAGAUGCCAAAGAUGAUGCCUGAAAACCAGUAUCCAUCAGAACAGAGAUUUCAGAGACAACUGUCUGAACCCUGCCACCCCUUCCCUCCUCAGCCAGGAGUUCCUGGAGAUAAUCGCCCCAGUUACCACCGGCAAAUGUCAGAACCCAUUGCCCCUGCAGCUCCCCCACCCCCUCAGGGAUUCAAACAAGAAUACCAUGACCCACUCUAUGACCACGGGCUCCCAGGCCUGCCAGGCCCCCCUGCACAUGGGUUCCAGUCACCAAUGGGCAUCAAGCAGGAGCCCCGGGAUUACUGCGUUGACUCAGAAGUGCCUAACUGCCAGUCAUCCUACAUGAGAGGGGGUUAUUUCUCCAGCAGCCACGAAGGUUUUUCAUAUGAAAAAGAUCCCCGGUUGUACUUUGAUGACACUUGCGUUGUGCCUGAGAGACUGGAAGGCAAAGUCAAACAGGAACCCACCAUGUAUCGGGAGGGCCCCCCUUACCAGAGGCGAGGUUCACUUCAGCUGUGGCAGUUCCUGGUCACCCUUCUUGACGACCCGGCCAAUGCCCAUUUCAUCGCCUGGACAGGCCGAGGCAUGGAGUUCAAGCUGAUAGAACCGGAGGAGGUCGCUCGGCGUUGGGGCAUCCAGAAGAACCGGCCGGCCAUGAACUAUGACAAGCUGAGCCGUUCUCUGCGCUAUUACUACGAGAAGGGCAUCAUGCAGAAGGUGGCUGGGGAACGAUAUGUCUACAAAUUUGUCUGUGACCCAGAUGCCCUUUUCUCCAUGGCUUUCCCGGACAAUCAGCGUCCAUUCCUGAAGGCAGAGUCUGAGUGCCACCUCAACGAGGAGGACACCCUGCCCCUGACCCACUUCGAAGACAACCCUGCUUACCUCCUAGACAUGGAUCGCUGCAGCAGCCUCCCCUAUGCUGAAGGCUUUGCGUACUAAGUUUCUGAGCGGCUGAGUGGCCAAACCCUAGAGCUAGCAGUUCCCAUUCAGGCAAAUGAGGGCAGUGGUUUGUUUGUGUUUUUGGCUGUUCCUAACGCUUGCCCUUCAAGUAUUAUCCAGAGAACCUAAGCUGUCUCUGGAUUGGCACCCUUAAAGACAGACCCGUUGGCUGGGGAGUGGGAACAGGGAGGGGCAGAAAACCACCAAAAGGCUGGUGCCUCAACUCUUGACUCUGAUGGGGUUUCUGGGAAGAGAUCAAAAUGGAGCCUCCUUAACCAUGGACAAUAUAUGCAAAGCAAUACCUUGUUCAGGUUAGUACCCCCAAAACGGGACAGAGUGUGUGACAAUCUGCAUUGAUCACGGACUACUAAAUGCCUUUACACAGAAGGGCUCUGAUUUGCACAAUUUAUUGAAAAAGAAGUCACAAACCCAUAGAAAAGUAGGUAGGCUAAGCUGGGGAGGCUCACACCGUUAAGGGUUAAAAAUAGAUCUAGAAAUUUGGAGAGCUUGUCCAGCUAAAUCUGAAAUGUCUCUCCUUGGUCUGGCAAAGGGGGGAGGGGCAGUCAGAACAGCUGUUACCCACUCCAUAGUUCUCAAGUCAUAAACCAUUGCUAUCCUUGGGAACCUUCUGGCCAUGUGGCCACCAAGCAGAGCGAGCCCCUUUCUCUUCCUCAUCACAUGGCUGUGUGUGGAUGGCUUUCAUUUCAGGAGAAGGGCGAUUAACACUUUUGACAGUAUUUUGUUUUGCCUUGAUUUGGGGGAUUGUUUUGUUUUGGUGGUUGUUUUGGAAAAACAGUUUAUAAACUGAUUUUUGUAGUUUUGGUAUUUAAAGCAAAAAAAAAACAAAAAACAAAAAAAAACAAACCUUUUGGUAACUGUGCACUGUGUCCUUCAGCCAGGGCCGUGCCGACUUACAAAGACGCUGCAGCUUGAGAGGGGCUUUGCUGGGGGCUGCCCCUUAGCCAUGUAAAAGCCCGCUUUGUUGCCUGCUUUGUGCUUUCUGCACCAGACAACUUGACGAAACAUUUGCACCUGAGUUGUAAAUUUUUGAAGUGUGCAGGGCAGCCUGGACACAAGCUUAGAUCCUCUGUGUAUAGUUCCCCAUGUUCACUAACAUGCCCUCUCUGGAAAGCAUAUGUACAUAACACAUGUCAUGUCCAUUGGAAACCCGGUCACCUGGUGGGAACCCUAGGGAUUCUUCCCUGGGCAUGACUGAUGACAAUUUCCAUUGCAUCAGUUUGUUUUCUUUUCCUUUUUCUUUAAAUCUUGGACUUCAAACCCUGCCUAUGAUUCAAUAGGGUUUGAGACUUACGUGUGACACUGACAGGUAAAACAGUACUAGCAUUCUAGCUUCCUGCCACUUUUUUUUUUUUAAAGUUUAUUCUGAUUGCUGUAUUAUAUUGGGAAAGUUUUAAACAACCAAGCUAAAGCUACAUGAAAGUUGAGCUCAAAGUAGAGGAAGAGUUACCAGAAAGUGGUAGUAGUACCUUGCUGCCUGCUCUGUUGGUAGAAAUCUAUGCUCCCCACCACACUUAGCACAUUAAGAAUGACUGUGCUGUUCCUCGGAUGUGAAGGGAGGCAGUGCUGACUCCAUGAAUGUACGACACAGGCUUUGAAUGGCUUUUCUAUUGGGGGGGCACACCACAGUCUCAAACUGUCCCCCUUAUGACUGACAGCUCGUUUGUAAAAAGGUUCACAGGGAUAAGGGGUGCACUUUAUAGCUAUGGGAACGUAAGAUUCUCCUCUAUUGGAAGCUAAUUAACCCACAAAGGUGGUGGACCUAUAGCUUGGGCCUUAAUUAGCAUUCUUCUCUAAUCAAAGGACUCUUUCUAAACCAUAUUUAUAGCUUUCUAACCUACACAUAGUCUAUACAUAGAUGCAUAUUUUACCCCCAGCUAGCUAGAGAUUUAUUUGUUGUAAAUGCUGUAUAGAUUUGUCUUUCUUUACUUAUCCUGGUUUGGGAUUUUUUCUUUUUGGAUGGAUUUAUGCUAUCUUAGCAAGUAUGAAAAUAAUCCUCUGUAGCCUGAGCUCCCCUCCCCUGCUGUGACUUGCCGCCUGUGCUGUCACUCACGGGACCUAGGACGGCAGCAUCACCCUUGCAUUCCCAUUGGACUCAUGCACCUCUCGAAUGGUUUGUUUUUUUGUUUUUUUGUUUUUCAGGGGUUUGGGGUUUUGUUUUGUUUUUUCUGUUUGUUUGUUGGCUUCUUUUCCAGAGUGUGGAAAGUCUACAGUGCAGAAAGGCUUUAAUCUGCCAGUUGAUCUGAAAUACUUUCCCCUGUGCAGGGCUGUGUGCAUCCUGCCAAGCUGCGUUAUAUUCUGUACUGUGUACAAUAAAGAAGUUUGCUUUUCGUUUA